AUGGCCUCCGCAGAAAAAGAGAAGCCGGCGAAUUUGCAGAAUAAACGUAGCGACGUCCUGGAGGUUGUAAACGAAAACUUGCGUGAUGAAAACCAGAACGUUCACACUUCAGGACUAACAAAUUUUCCGCGAUACUUGGUUGAUGUUUACAACACCACUAAGAAAAAUGGUUUCACAGUUGAUUAUCAGCCAGGUGAGGACGUCUGUGGUAAUUAUUCCGAUGCGGAACACGAUUCUAAUAGCGAAAAGCAAGCCACUAAAGAGCGCUUUGUGCUAAAGAAAACCAAUUCCUCCAAAGGCGGAGAAUUGUGCGCUAGUUCUAUGUCUGCUAACCGAACGAGUCGUUCAUAUUUGUACGAAAAGAACCCGUUGCAAGACCCAAGAUUUACCCGCCUUAUUGAGAAACUCGUGCCUCUAAGAAGAGGAAUUCAGGCGGAAAGAAAGACCGCUGCAAGAAAGGAAGACUUUUCCGAUGACUGCGACGAUAUUUGUUUUAAAGAUAUCUGCCUUAAAGAUACUUGUCGCCUGGUGUUUAAAAUAAUGAGCAAGGGAAGCAGUCCUUCGAUGGAAUGAAAAAUUAAAUGGAGGUUCUUGACCGCAUAUUUUAAUUAGGAAAUAGUUUACAGCGUGUGUUUUGAGUUUGGAAUGAUCAUUUGUAGUCUUCAAUUUUAAUAGAAUCUUUUUUUGAACGUUGAAAUUGAAAACAUGUAACUAAUAAGACCUUUGGUUUUCUCAAGUUGGACAAAAACGCUUGUACAAAAAAUGCUAGUGAAAUUGUAAAUUUGAAACACCUAACCUAUUUUAAAUCGCGUUGAUGUUUUUAGCUUUCGAUUUGCGAGUCACUAAUUAAUUGCAUCAUUCAUUAACCUAAAUAUCAUCAUGUUCGCCCUGAGUUCUCAAUGUACUUCAUUCCUGACAGUUUCAACGCCCAAGAAACAAUCACAAAAAAAUCAUUGUUUAUUAAUCAGUAUGGAGAUCCGCCGAGAUCAUAGACAAAGAAAAACAAGCUUAAGUGGCAAGAUUCCACUCUUUCAACCUUAAGACUAGAUACAUUUACGCAAAAGCUUUUUUUCUGAAUUUUACGCCGAGUUACAAUAAAUCCAGAGAAUA